AGGGACUUCACAUUUGAUCUAAAAAUGUUCAGCUCUGCAGACGUGGUCUUUUCAUUGGAUAAUUUAUUUUAUGAAAGACCAGAUACAAGACAAAGGUAUCUAGAAAAUGAAGAGCCUAAAUUUUGGUGUAUUGCACCUGCUCCAGCUAUUGCUGAAAUUCCAGCGGCAGAGGAGUUACAGAGAGAACUGGAAAAAAACACAGCCAAGACUCAUAUGGGAGGGAGAAAGCACCAGAAGUUUAUACAACAAUGUAAGAGUAACACUGAGGCGGUAAAUGAUAGAUCACCAGCACCUGUUCAUUUUGGCAUAGCCUCUGAAAAAGAAGUGCUCCAAUCAAGUGUAGGAGAAAGAGAUAAAAUUAGGUUUUCGGGUGAAAAUCUGAAAAUGGUUUCCUUGUUUCUCUCUUCUGACCAAGAUAAAUCUAAAACAGGAACAGGGGUUUCUCAGCAACCUGGUGCAAGUUUUUCACAAAAUAAACUAUUACGUAAUUUUCCAGAAAAUGGUGACGAUGAGAGUGUCCAUUCAACAUUAAGUAAAAGCUUAUUUAAAAUGUCUGGUUAUAUGUAUAAAACUACAGAGUUUAAAGAUAGUUCUGUGGAUGUGAACGAAAUUGAUACUUACUUAAAUACAAGUGAAAACAUGAAAGAAGUGAGAAAAGAACGCUUAUGGACAAGUGAUCGUCAUGCUCCAGUAACUAAAGACUCAGAUUUUACUCUGCAUAGGGUCAAUGAUGGGGACAUUGCAUCUAAAACAGGGAUUAAAAUGAGACCAUUUCCUAAUGCUUCUGAGAUCCUGGAUAUAACAGGAACUACAGGAAGAAAAUUGGAAAUUUUGAGGGCUGUCACAGAAAUACCGACCCAAUUUAGAAGUAUUUUUAAGGAGUUCCCAUAUUUUAACUAUGCACAGUCUAAAGCUUUGGAUGAUCUUCUUUAUACAGAUAGGAAUUUUGUGAUUUGUGCUCCGACUGGCUCUGGAAAAACAGUAAUGUUCGAGCUAGCUAUUACCAGAUUACUCAUGAAAGCCCCACUGCCUUGGUUAAAUAUUAAAGUUGUUUACAUGGCUCCAAUAAAAGCUUUAUGCAGUCAGCGUUUUGAUGAUUGGAAAGAAAAAUUUGGACCUAUAGGACUCAGCUGCAAGGAACUGACAGGAGAUACAGUGAUGGAUGAUUUAUUUGAAAUACAUCACGCUGACAUUAUUGUCACUACUCCUGAAAAAUGGGAUAGCAUGACAAGAAGGUGGAGAGACAACUCUAUAGUCCAGCUUGUACGACUGUUUCUCAUUGAUGAGGUGCAUGUUAUAAAGGAUGAAAGCCGUGGUGCAACAUUAGAAGUUGUAGUCAGUCGAAUGAAGACUGUUCAGUCUUCUCUUUGGCGUCUUUCAGAGAAUCAUGAAGCUGUUCCUCCCUUGAGAUUUGUAGCUGUUUCUGCAACAAUCCCAAAUGCUGAAGAUUUUUGUGCCACAAGAAAAGGAGUACAGCAGGCUGCUUCUGUUCUUGCAAAAGAUGCUAAAUUUCUACUGAGUAUUGAACAGAAACAAAGAUUACAGAAGUCUGCAAAUUCAUUGAAAGAUUCCAAAUUGAGAGAUCUUUUAAUGUAUGGCGUGGCUUAUCAUCAUGCCGGUAUGGAGAUAUCUGACAGAAAAAUAAUUGAAGGAGCUUUUGCUGUAGGAGACUUACCGGUACUUUUUACUACUAGCACGUUAGCUAUGGGAGUCAAUCUACCUGCACAUCUAGUGGUUAUAAAAUCCACAAUGCACUAUGUUGGAGGAGUGUUCCAAGAGUACAGUGAAACUGAUAUUCUGCAAAUGAUUGGGAGAGCAGGAAGGCCUCAAUUUGACACUACAGCUACAGCAGUUAUUAUGACUCGUUGGAGUACAAGGGAGAAGUAUAUACAGAUGUUAAACGGUGCUGAUAUAAUAGAGAGCAGCUUACACAGGCAUCUUGUUGAGCACUUAAAUGCAGAAAUAGUGCUACAUACUGUCACAGAUGUCACUGUAGCUUUGGAAUGGAUACGAUCAACAUUCUUGUACAUCAGAGCCUUAAAAAAUCCAACUCAUUAUGGUUUUUCACCUGGAUUGGAUAAAAUUGGAAUUGAAGCAAAACUGCAAGAACUGUGUUUGAAGAACUUAAACGAUUUAUCAUCUUUUGAUUUGAUCAGGAUGGAUGAAGCAAAAAAUUUCAAACCAACAGAGACUGGAAGAUUAAUGGCAUGGUAUUAUAUUGCAUUUGAUACAGUGAAACAAUUUUUCACAAUUAAGGGAACAGAGACUAUAAACGAAUUGAUUACAGUGAUCUCCAACUGUGCAGAAUUUCUGGAUGUGAAGUUAAGAACAAAUGAAAAGAAAAUACUGAACACUUUGAAUAAAGACAAGGACAAAAUAACUAUCAGGUUUCCAAUGGAGGGGAAGAUAAAAACAAGAGAAAUGAAAAUAAACUGUCUUAUUCAGGCUCAGCUAGGAUGCAUUCCUAUUCAAGACUUUACUUUGACACAAGAUACUGGCAGAAUAUUUAGAAAUGGCUUAAGAGUUACUAGAUGGUUGUCUGACUUUCUGGCAUCAUUUAAGAACAACUUUUCUGCUUUAUUAAACUCUUUGAUUCUAGCAAAGUGUUUCAGGUGCAAACUUUGGGAAAAUUCACUCCAUGUGUCUAAACAAUUGGAAAAAAUCGGUGUAUCACUGUCAAAUGCUAUGGUAAAUGCUGGGCUGACGUCAUUUAAAAAAAUAGAGGACACAAAUGCAAGGGAACUUGAAUUGAUUUUAAACAGGCAUCCUCCUUUUGGAAACCAGAUAAAAGAAUCUGUUUUGCAUCUUCCAAAGUAUGAACUUGAUAUUGAACAGCUUCCAAAAUACAGUGAUACAUUGGCUGAAAUCUUAAUAACCAUCAAAUUAACAAACUAUGAGCAGCUACAGACAAAGAGAACAGCGACAGACUUUCACUAUGUUACAUUGGUCAUAGGAGAUGCUGACAACCAAGUGAUAUUUAAUCAGAAAAUUAUGGAUUCUGCGCUGCUGAAAACUGGAAAUUGGAUGAAGAAAAUUGAAGUGAAGAGAGCUCUUAAAUCAGAAGACAUUAGUAUAAAUUUAAUUAGUUCUGAUUAUGUUGGUCUUGAUAUACAGCAGACGUAUGCUGCCUUUUACUUAGCACAGAAAACAGUGGGAAGUAAAGUGGUUACAAAUCAAAAACUGAAAGCUGAGUCUUCAGUGGAUACGUAUCAUGGCUGCCCACAAAGUCUGCCAGCAGCAAAAGUAGAUGCAGCAGGCAAAUCUAAACAAGAGAUUACCUACAAGAAAUAUGGAAACAGAGAAUGCAGCCAUCGCUGUAAAAAUAAAGAUAUGUGUGGACAUGACUGCUGUAAAACUGGAGUCCCUCCAAAGUCUGAGAUGAAUGGAGAUUCAAAGUUUUCUUUGUACCUAGCUGAUUUAAGGAGCAGGAACUCAAUUUUGUCUGUACCCCCAGUAAAACGGUUAAAGAUGCAGAUGUUAAAUCAAGCUCAAAAUGUGGAUCUCAAACAAUUUGUUUUUACACCUAAAUCUUUGUUGCCAGCAUUGCCAAGGUCUAGCAAUAAACAGUUGUCUUCAUCACCUUCAGUGGACCAGGAAGAUAAUGUCAACAGCUUAGGAGUAUCUCAGAAACAACUGCAAUCCUGGAGUUGUGGAAAGAGUCAUGCUUUGGAUGUGAACUUUGAACUGAGAGAUGAUAUUUGGGAUGAUAUUGAUGAUGAGAAAUUAGUACUUGCUAGCAACUUUGCCAGUAGAGAAUUAGAUGAGUGUGAGCCACUUUGCCAGUAUACAAGAAGCAAAGCCACAAAUGACGUUUCAAAAGAUUCAUGCCCAUUACAGGAUGAGACCGAUAUUCAUUUCUCAGUUGUUUCUGUGGUUAAUAGCACAUCAAAAGUGAAUUUACCUGUACAGAGUGGGAAUAUAAAUAUGUUCAGUUUCCAAGAAAAAAAGCAUUCGAGUCCUUCACAAGAGCUGAAAAACAUAGAGUGUUCUUCGAUCUCAAAAAUAACCUCAGACUCUUCUAAAUUCACUAGGAAAGAGGAUUUUUUUAUUUUCACAAAAGAACAGGAAAAAGAAGUGGAUCCCAGAUACCUUCUUGAUGAUGAAAUCAAUGAUGUCAAGCCCUUUCUUGGAAUAUUUGAUGACAUUUUGUAA